UGUUGCAAAAUGGCCGCUGUUCGGGGUUUCUCGAGGGCCAGUAAGAUAUUAACACAAGUAACACACCAGAGAGGGAUCCAUACGACAGCCGUUGCUGGUGCUAGUGAUCUCAGUCCUUGGAACUAUAUUUGGAAACCAAGCUCCAGUGCUCCUGUGACGGAUAAAGAAAAGGAAAUUACUGCUAGAAAAUAUGGUCUUUUGAAAGAGGAUUACAAACCUUUGAAAGGCAGUGGUGAAUACCCUGACUUAUCAGAAGUACCUGCUUGGGACAGAGAUGCUUCUGCAUUAUGGGAUUAUCCAGAAGCAAGAUUGAAUUAUAAUGAACCAGGUCCUUACUAUCAUGCUGAUAGGGAUAAAGAGUCCAGAUACCAUGUAGGCAGUUAUCUAGAUGGCUUUCGCGCUACCUGGGCACAAAAAUUCCUUACCGUUUCUAUUCUCCUAACAAUUAUAGUCCUAUCUGAGUUAUUUAUACCUCAUACAGCAAUGCCAGCGAUGCCGAAACAACAACCUUAUGACAAAUCUGGAAAGAAGAUCACAAACUACUCGUUUGAUUGAGCAUAAGAGUGAUUCAGCAUUUUCAGAUUCAGUUGGAAACUGAUACAGAGAUUAAGAUAGUUUUGCUUUAUACUGACUCAAUCAGACACUUUGACUCUGAUGUAUACUGUAGGAUCUAUUCAUCUGUGUCAGAAUUGGGAGAAAAACAUACAUGUAUAUUUGAAGUGUGAAUAAAUAUAAAAAAAAAACUGA